CACAAGUCAACAUCCUCGGCGGUCAGAGGAUCAAACGACCAAACUCGAAUUUUUGACCUCUUGAUUGCCCUUUUCUAAUACCAAUCCAAACGACGUAGGCUCGUUACACAUGGACUAGCCAAGCCAGACGCAGUUCAAGUUAGACUACAUGGUCUAGGUUGUUGAAGUGCUUCACUAUGUCACCCAGACCGCCUUCGCCCUCGCGGUCCAACUCGCGCCAAGCCUACGAUCACGCGCCCACAACACCAAGCGCACUGCGUAAUAGCCAUACCUUGUCCUCUUCAUCGCUGUCGAACAAUAGCAUGGCCGACGAUGAUGUUGCGCGAGACGAAAACAGCCCGCCUUCGACCCAGGCCGGACCAAGUAUAGUACCCAACACUUCUGCCGAUCCGUCGGAAUCGACGUCCCUCCUCCACCACGAACGAGCACACCCUGGGCAAUGCGACCACGGCACCUUCUCUCCUCGUCCCGGUAGCCCCGUCGGCAGCAGCUACAGGAGUUCUGAUGUCGACACCACCUCGAUGGUGGGAUCUGAUGCCUCCAUUGGGCAGCUUAAGGGCAACUGGAGAAAGACCCUGUCCUCCAAAAUGAAGACCAAGACCAUGGCCAACUCUAGCUCGCUUGCCGAACAACAUGGUUUCAGGGACUCGAAUAUGAUGUACCUAUCGUACUAUGUGCCCUCCUUGAUAUGGAUACGUCAGUAUAAUUGGACGUGGUUAAAGGGUGACAUUACAGCCGCCAUCACACUGGCUUCCAUGUACCUGCCAAUGGCCCUUUCGUAUGCAGACAGUCUGGCGCAUGUCCCUCCAAUCAAUGGCUUGUAUGCCUUUGUUUUUAACCCCUUCAUCUAUGGUCUUCUAGGGAGCUGUCCUCAGAUGGUGGUGGGGCCAGAAGCAGCAGGGUCGCUUCUUGUCGGCUCAAUAGUGAAAGGCAGUAUUGAUUCUGGGCAUGAAGAUGAUGAUAAUACCGUCAUGCAUGCAAGGGUCGCCGGCGUAGCUGUCGGUAUAGCUGGUGCUACUGUCUUUAUGAUGGGUCUGUUCCGCUUAGGUUUCCUGGACAGCGUUCUAAGCCGACCCUUUCUUCGGGGUUUCAUAUCUGCUAUUGGUGUCGUCAUCUUCAUCGACCAACUGAUUCCCGUGCUUGGUCUCUCCGCAGUCGCUGCAAGGACAGCAGGUGUCGGGCAUGGCAGUUCGGCGCAAAAGCUGGAGUUUCUCUUCAGCCACCUAACCGACCUCCAUAAGCUCUCAGCCCUUGUGGGUGUGGUAAGCUUCACCAUCAUUAUGGUUCUGCGUGAACUCAAAAGGCGCCUCCAGCCCAGAUAUCCAAGUGUAGCAUAUUUCCCUGAUCGGCUACUCGUUGUCGUCGUGUCCACCCUGCUGGCAUGGAGACUGCGUUGGGACGAGCAGGGAGUGGCAGUCCUGGGUGAUGUGCAACAAGGUUCGGCCGAUCUCUUCGAGAUCCACAACCCUUUUCAAAUGGGCCAUAUCACGCAUAUACGUGAAGCCAUGGGAACCUCUUUCCUUAUCGGUAUGCUAGGCUUCUUUGAGUCUUCAGUAGCAGCCAAAAGUCUUGGCACAGGAGAUGCAAUCGAAGGUAUGCAACUCAGUCCCAACCGCGAACUUAUUGCACUCGGCGUCUCAAAUCUUGUUGGCUCUUGCUUCAUGGCCAUUCCAGCCUUUGGCGGAUAUGGCAGAAGUAAGAUCAACAAGUCCACUGGUGGCACGAGUCCUAUGAGCUCGAUUUUGCUCAGCAUUAUCACGGUCUUCUGCACAAUAUUCAUGCUUCCAUGGUUCUACUAUAUACCAAAACCUGUUCUUGCGUCACUUAUAACUGUGGUCGCAUGGUCUCUGAUCGAGGAAGCCCCCCACGACAUAGCUUUCUUCCUUCGCAUUAGAGGUUGGACCGAGUUAUCUCUCAUGGCAGUAAUUCUUCUCGUGACGGUGUUUUUCUCACUCAAUCUUGGUAUUGCGAUCGGCAUUGGACUCUCCCUUUUACAGGUAAUUAGACAUGCAACGCGCCCGCGCAUUCAGAUUCUGGGACGAAAUCCAGGAACAGAUCGAUUCGAGAACGCAGAGGAACAUCCAGAACUUCUUGAGUUUAUCGAAGGUUGUCUCAUCGUCAAGAUCCCCGAACCUCUCACUUUUGCCAAUACAGGUGAACUCAAGAACAGACUGCGGAGACUUGAGCGGUAUGGCACCAACUCUGCGCACCCUGCAUUGCCGCGUCUGCGGCCUGAUAGCAGCCACAGGAACGUGGUUUUUGAUAUUCAUGGCGUAACUUCUAUGGAUGGCUCCGGCACGCAGGUACUCGAGGAAAUCGUACGUAGCUACCGCGCUCGUGGCGUUCGCGUAUUUUUCAGUCGGGCUCCAAGUAAGAGACAUAGAGUCUGGCAGCUUCUAGACCAGAGCGGCAUUGUUGAGCUCGUGGGCGGUGAGACGCACUUCGUCGCCGACGUCAAGGAAGCGUUACGGAUGACCGAGACUCAAGAUUUAGAAGAGACAGGAGCUUGUGUUGUUGCAAGCGACGAGCUCUCGUAGGGCAUGAACACGCUUUGAACGUGCAAAGAGCUUUAUCCAUGAACUUUGGAGAAAUUCUUCACUGAUGCAAGAAUUCACUAUCCAAGAUGAAGGAAUUGGCAGGUUUGUCGGUUGGGAGGCAACUAUUCCGACCAUCCACCUCCAGUUCUAGCAUACUGGUGGUAGCAUGCAGAACUGGUCACUGUAUCGAUGGUGCUGUUUAAUUGUAGGAGCUACGUCACCAGUGCCGUUAUUCAGAGAGAGAGAGAUAUACAUACAUAGCAUAGCGUUGACUUGGUUAUAUAAUACCCAUGAGUUUAUGUCCCAGAAA